AUGGACUACCUCACAACCGCCCUCAGCAAAGCCCUCUCCUCCCUCCACCAACUCCAACAAGCCACCACCGCCCGCAUCACCGCCACCAACACCACCUCCCCCAUCAACAUCCACAACCAAGCCCUCAGCCUCCUCAACGACCUCUCCGAACUCAUCAACGAGGGCCUGGAAUUGUACUAG